CACGCCCUACGCGGCUACGCUCAAACACCACAUACAACAAAGCGAGCCAAACCCAGCGCGAGCGCUCUUCGAGGGAAGAGGCGGAGGCCAAACCCAAGAGAAACACAAGCCGCGCGCGCCACCCACCCACCCGGAGCCAAGGGAAGAGCAGAAGCAGCAGCAGCAGCCGCGCGCCGGCAAUGGGCAACAGCAUCGGCGGCCGGCGCAAGGGCGCCAAGGUCAUGCAGCUGGACGGCACGGCGUUCCGCGUCAAGCCGCCGGCGUUCGCGGGCACGGUGCUGCGCGACCACCCGGGGUUCCAGCUCCUCGAGUCCGAGGAGGUCAAGCUCCUGGGCGUCCGCGCCCGCCCGCUCGCGCACGACGCGCAGCUCCGCCCGGGCCGGCUCUACUUCCUCGUCGCGCUGCCCCGGCCGGCGGUCCCGCCGCGCCGCGCGUGGUCCGGCGCGCUCCACGUCGGCGCGCGGGAGCGACUCGAGUCGCUCAUGCUCACGCGCCGGUCCACCUCCGACCUCUCCCUCCCAGCGUCCGCCGCCACGGCGCCGGCGUCGCCUCUCUCCACCGCCUCCGAGGGUGGGCCCGUCCGGCUCCGGAUGCGCCUGCCCAAGGCGCAGGUCGAGAAGCUCAUGGCCGAGAGCCGGGACGGCGCCGAAGCCGCCGCCAGGAUCAUGCAGCUGUGCGCGGCCAACGCCGGCAGCGGCGCCGCCACGCCGGAGAGGGGGAUACUGCGGACGCCCGAGCGGAGCCCGCGGUUCGUGCCCACGCCGGACUGGGGCGUCGGCGCCGGCGCGUUCCCGCAGACGCCGGAGCGGAGCCCGAGGUUCGCGGCAACGCCAGACUGGGGGACCGGGUUCAUGAUGCCGGCGGGCGCGGGGACGGCGCCGAGGACGCCGGAGAGGUGGCCCGCGCUGCCCCGCAUGCCGGAGUACGCGUCGCCGGACGUCAAGGCUAGCCGGAAAGAGAAGCGAACGCGGUUCGUGGCGCUGCCAGACGAGAUAAUCGCGUGACUUCGUCUUCCCCGAUGAAACAAGAUCGAGAUCGGUGGUUGCUUGCGACAUGGCAAGCACGCUGGCGAGACGAGGUCAGAGAGCCAGAAGAUGUAGACUGAUCCGCGCUCGGUCCCAUGGUCGUUUUCCUUGGUUGCGGGCUAAAGAUGAUGAUCGCCGGCUGCUGCGGGCGGUCCGCGGCGGCGGCUUCCUGCCUCGCUUCCGGCGACAUGGACUGGGGUGUCUGUCAUUUACUCAAUUUCUUUUUCUCUUUUUUUCUCUCUCUUCCUUCUUCUCUUGCUGUGUGGUGUAUGUAUGUGCUGCAUCUGUAAGGCUCUCUUGCCCGUCGUCUCUAGAUGUAGGUAGCUGAAGAAGCUUAGAGUAUAAAAAAGUAGUUCUACAUGUAUAUGAAGUAUGAAGUAUGAACAUACUUUUGUGGAGAUGACAGUUAUACCUAUGUAGCCAACAGCUUGGGCGUGUCAUCGUCCAGUUUAUGAUUCUGUUUGCGUAAAUAUUCCGUCAAAGAGGAACAAGGAAUUGCAUGCUUUGGUGGUUC